GAAUAACCUAAGCACAAUACAUGAGCUAGCACCGCGUUGAUAAUUUCAUUCUCUGUGACAGCGAGAAAGAUUUCAACAAUGUUUUCACAAGGUGCAAUUGUUUCUCUUGUACUUACUCUAACAUUGGUUACUGCAGCAAUUGAAAAGCGUCCAUUAUGUGAAGAUAACUAUCCAUCUAAACCGUAUGGAUGCAUAUCCGACACUGUGGGUGUUGCCAUGUGUAUUAGUAAAGACCAGAUAUGUGAUGGCCUGACCGACUGUGGUGACGGGUCAGACGAACAAGAUUGUGAUUACAGUAAAUGGUACGGCACAGCAGGUGGCAACUGCCCGGCUCCAAAUCAAAACGCGUCGGGUGCUGGUGGUAUGGCUGUUCUUGGGCCACAGUUUAACGAGGCUCACAACUAUUUUCGAUGUCUCCAUGGCGCCCAGAAUAUGACGUACGACGUGUUGCUGCAAGAAGGCGAUGCCAAAGAUGCUGCUGACAAUAGCGCCGCUGCAGGCACACCGACACACACCCACAGCGGCGAGAAUUUGGCGCUUGUGCAAAUUAGUGCCUCGAAGACUACGGGAUUCGGUAUCACCAAGUUGUGGUACGACGAGGUGAAGGACUAUAAUUAUGAUGACCCAUCUAAAAGUACCGGUACUGUAGGACACUUUACUCAAGUGGUAUGGAAUUCAAGCACAAGCCUCGGAUGUAACUUUGCCGUAGGCAUUAAUGGCAAUACGCAUUUUGCUUGUGAAUAUCGCCCUCCCGGCAACGUAAAAGGCCAAAUACAGGAUAACGUCUUCAGACCCAUUGAUGAAGGAGAGAGCCGAUAGUCGGUCAAAACGACCACCUACUUUGAAUAUAAUACAGGCAUUGUGUUCUCUUACUUGAGAACAAAUCUUUAUCGCGGGACUUAUUGCCUAAUACAUUGGUGCUACAUGGUUCAACUCGGUACAGCAUGAAUACAUCUCAGAUUAAUAUGUCUAAUUAAAGGACGGUGGUCGUCGCACUGCUUACUGUUCGAUAUGGUACGCAUAGCGACGCAUACAACAUGCAUUGUUCGUUUACAUGAAAUUCGAGCACGCGCUGCGCGACGACCACACUACUUUUCAUUUCUAUAUACAGUAAAUCUAACAUAAAUGUACUAAACAACAGUGUUGUAAAACAUUGCUUCGUAAUGUAUAUUUUUGAUCCACCGAUCUGCAAUGAACAAAUAAAAAACGGCGCAAACAUA